AAGGGUGAUCUCCUACGAUGGCUUGAAUCACAUUGACGUUGAUGAGGAAACACUUAAAACCUUAAUGAGAUGAUCUAAUUUGGCUAGUUAAGAAGCAACAGCUGAUAUUUGUGAUAUUUUACGUGCAAUUUUAUUAAUCUCUUUUGUUCUAAUUACAAUCACUCUCGAUAAAACGAUUCAGUUUGAUGUUGCAGUGUCAAUACAAUGAGCAAUCAACGUUAUUAAUCCUCAUUUUUAAGUUAAAUUAUUGCCAUAGUGAACAUUCAACGUCUUAUAUAAAUAAUCCAUGCAGAUAUUUCAUUAGGAGUAAAGCGACUCGACUGUUUAAUGACAGAUAACCAUACGUGGGCAGCUUCGCAUAUAGAUCUACGAACAAUCACUCGAUCAAGUCAUUCGAGCACUUAUCUUUUCGAUAAGUGAGUUAUUUGCACGUCACGAUGAAAGUACUGAGAACAAUAAUAACAUUUGUAUUUAUUCAUCUGACUAAAGGGUAAGUUGAAUGCCAAACUUAGUGAGCAUAACUUUUCAUUGUGUAGUACCUCUCCAUCCGUUUUUAGCGUAUACAUCUUGCGAAAAGCACCAGAAAAAGGGCGAAAUGUUUGCAUCGUUGGAUUUGAGAAAACCCACGUAAAGUUACAACGUCAUAUAUCAAAAUCGAGAAAGACUUUGGUCAAAGAUUGUGGCAUAGAUCAAGGACUCUUUAUCAAGUGCGAAAAACAAAUAAUCAAGACUGAAAUAUCCUACGUCCCUGUAUCUUGUAUCACACGCGUCAGCAAAAUUGGCUGUUGUCCUGGAUGGAAAGAUUACAUCGCUGUGUUUGGUUGCUUAACUAGUAAGUCACGAUGAUUGACCUUGUUCAUAGAUUCAUUUCAUCAUUUGCAGAGCUUUACUUUCCCUUUCAAGAAGCGCCAUGCCUCUCUCUGCCUUUAUACACACCAUCAAGAUGUGUUGCAACUCGACAAAAAGGCCUGGAGAAGAACAAGAAUGUAUACAGCCUUCAGAUACCUCCAAGCGUUGCUCAAGGUGACCCCAAUCUCGGCAGGGAUCUUCAAAAUUUGUUCUUGUUUCCUUUACUCAACAUGACUUUCAAGCAAGCAGCAGCUUUGUCAUGGAAUGAUCCAGUGGAUUAUCCAUGGUUAGUGAUAUAUACCUAUCUUCAGACAAAGUCCUUGAAGAUGUUGGCAGAAAGAAUGAAACCAGGCAAUUCUUUGGUGAAGGAAUUUAAAUCAAUAGACGAUUUUCAACGUUUAUUACAGCUUGUGAGGACAAUCUUUACGAAAGAUGGCAAAUAUUUGGACUAUUUUCGCUAUCCUUCAUUGGUUGAAAAAUGGAAAGAUAUCAUACGCUGUCAAACAUGGCAUGAUGACCAAGUAUUUGUUGAAGAAAGACUUGCAGCCCUUAAUCCAAUGUCCUUAGAACGCGUCACUGCUGACAUAGAUUACUUCUCAGCUUUGCCAAGGGUUGGCUUGAGGUUGACAGAAAGACUAAAUCGAAAUUAUAAUUGGAAUCGUACUGUAUCCAAUGUAGUCGGAAGACCAACAACUUUAUAUAAGAUGGCACGUGAGAAGUCGUUGUUUGCCAUUCACUAUCCGUAUCUUGACGACUUACCUAAUGUUGAUGACAUCACGGAGAAAAGAACUGAAAGAAGACGAUUGAAGAACGCCACUAGUCCAAUUGCAAUCUUUGUUUCUGUAAAGAGGCCUGGAAAGGACUCUUAUGAACUAAAGCCGGUAGCAAUACAAACAGAUUGCCAUUCAGAUUCGCCCGUGUAUACACCUCAUGAUGGCAAACGAUGGUUACUGGCCAAAUAUCUCUUUCAACUAGCGGACUUUUCAUACGUAGAAAUGGUUGAACACUUACUAAAAACCCACACGAUAUUACAGCCAAUUUGUGUGAUACUCAAACGUACCAUCUCCCGACAACAUCCUUUGAACGAAAUGCUAAAAUGGCACUGUCGAGGUCUAAUCGCAACUAAUGCUAAUGGCUUUGCAAAGUUGAUCCAACCACAUGGCUAUAUGCAUACUCUCUUCUCCAUGGGACAUCUGGGAAGCAUUGAGCUCUUAAAUAGAGCGUAUCAAAAUUAUUCUUGGAAAGAUAAUGAUUUCUGGGAAAAUAUUAAGAGCCGUGGUGUAGAUGAUCCCGUAAAGCUACCAUAUUAUCCUUACAGAGAUGAUGGUUACCUUAUUUGGAAACAACUUCACAGUUAUGUACGAGAAUAUGUUUCUCUGUAUUAUUACAAUAACAACGAUGUUCGUAGAGAUUUCGAACUAAGAGCGUUUACAACGGAGUUGUCCGAAAAGGGAAUGGGAAAGUUAAAAGGCUUCCCAUCGAUGUUACAAUCUAAGUAUGAACUAAUUAAGACAUUAACUCGCAUCCUGUGGCUACCCGUACAACACAAUGCCGUCAAUUAUCCAAUCGCCUACUACGGUGCCUUCGUACCAAACAUGCCGUCGAAGCUUUACGAUGAUGCACGAAGCAAAACAAACGAGUUUUCUUUCAAUACACUUCCUAACAGUAACGUGUCCACAGUGCAAGCCGUUGUGUCAAUGGGUUUAGGAUCUCUGAGAUUUGAUCAACUCCUCGACUAUGGAGCACAAAUGCUGGAUAAAGAGGCAGGAGAAAUUGUAAAGAAACACCAUCACAUCUUAAUGACCAGGGUGAGAGACAUCAUAGAUGAACGAAACGAGAAGAGAUACAGUGCAAGUCAUCUUACGUACCCUUAUCUCAAGCCUGGCUGGAUUCCAAAUUCCAUACAUACUUAACUGAACGCGUUAUAGCUGAGGACUACACAAUGUUUGACAUCGUUAUUUAUGGAUACAAAAAACUUUUUGUCGUUUCCUCAGAUUUGUUGGAUAAGUUUAUGUUAGAGGUUUAAGUUUUGAUCGUGCGUGUUAGUAAUAAAAAAACGUGUAAAUAGUUACUAAACACGUGUUUGUUUGUUUCGCAUCUCGUGAAGCUUUUGAGAGUAUUUAUGUGUUAAAGUAAAUUCAAUUUUGCUCUAUUUGAACAAAAAAUAUAUACAAAUUCAACAUUACAAUGUUUGUUUACCGAAAA